AACUUUCAAUCAAUUAAACAAAUUAUUAUGAAUUUAAAAUUGAUGAUGAUGAUCAAGAAAUCAUUUGAUUGUCAUUGGUGGUGGCGGCGACUACAUCCAAUACAUCAUCAACCGUGUAGCAUCAUGUCAACAUCGUUGCCAUUGUCAACGAUGAAAAUGAUGAUAAAUUCAAUUGGAAAAUUGAUACUUUUAUGGCUAAUAUUGGCACAAUUAAUUUCAGAUUGUUUAUCCGUUCGAAUUGUUCGACAUUGGAUCACACAAUCAGUGGAUAGUAGUAAUUAUUCUAAUUCAAUCAUCAUGGACUGUGAUUAUCAAUAUGAUACUGAGGAAGAUAUUAAAUUAGUUGUCCGUUGGUUUUAUAAUGAUUUUCCAGAACCAAUUUAUCAAUGGAUUCCGGAAUCCGAUAACAACCGAUAUGUUGGUCAAUCGAUACGAAAAUAUUUCGAUAUGAAUUUUCAGAUUGGUGAUGAUCGUUUUACUAAAUAUCGUGCAAUACGUUUGAUGCCACCACCAUCGUCAUCCACUUUACCAUUUGGUUUAGAAUUAAGCGGUAAUUAUACCUGUGUUAUUUCAUCAAUCAUGAGCCAAGAUUCACGUCAAGGUCAACUUGUAUUUUAUGUUCCACCGGAAAAAUUUGAAUUCAACAUAUUCUCAAAUGAUGGUCAAUUGAAUUUACCACCUACAAAUGAUUUUAGUACAAAAAAAGUGCAAAAUAUUGAUAAUGAUAAUGAUGAUGAUGAUGGUGGUGGUGAUGUUGAUAAUGACAACGAUGACGAUGUCCACAAUGGACCAAUGGUCCGUUGUAGUGCACAAAAUGUAUAUCCGAAACCAGUGUUGAGCUUUUCCGAAUUGAUCGCUAGUGAUUCAAUGGCAAUAAUGAAUAUGAAUUAUCAACGACCACCACGACCAUAUUCACCACAAUCACAAUUAAAACAAUUAUUUCCAGCAAUCGAUGUAAUUACAAUUUUAAAUGAAAGUAAUCAUCAACAACCACAGCUAUAUACAUCAUGGUUUGAAUAUCGACUUGGUAUUGAUUCAAUCAAAGUUGGUACAAUCUAUGAAUGUCGAUUAGAGAUUCCAACCACAAACUAUAUACGUAAAAAACGUAUCAAAUUGAUCUAUCCAUCAACUUAUCUUAAUGGAUUGCCAUCACGUACUGUUGUGGAUAACGAUAAUCGUUGGUCAAGACAAUAUAACACUAAUGGUGGUCAAACUAAACAAUUAUCCGAUUAUCAAGCUCAAUUACAUCAUCAUCAGAAUCAACAACAAAGAAAUGUGGCCAUUAUUGAUUAUCAUCAGAUGAAUAUUGUCAUCAUCGUAUUGGCCAUUGUAUCUGCAAUAACAUUGAACAUCCAAUGAUUUUUUUUAUUUUGUAAUUAAUCAUCAAAAUAAUAGUUUUGUGCCUUAUUCAUAUUUUUUUUCUUGUAAAUAUUGAUUUUUGAUUGAUCUGCUGCCAAAUCAAAUCAUGAUCAUCAUCAUCAUCAUCAUGUAUACAAUAAAUCACAUAUUCAUCCAUAGCAAUUGUACACACACGAAAAAAAUUGUUGAUUGAUUGAUUGAUUUUGUUUUAUUUUUUUAUUUUUUAAUUCAAUAAAUUUUCAAAAUAAUAAUAAUUUGAUAAAAACAUUUUGUCCAGCUGACCAUUGUUUAUAUGGACAUGGUCAUAAACAUCGAUUAAAUCGAUGUGAUUGAUUAAUAGUCACGAUUGAAUUGGCUGUAAUUUUAUUAAGUGAAUUUGACUUUGAUUUGGUUGAGAUAAAAAAUGAAUAAAUUGUAACUUGAUCUACUUUAAA